AUGAAGGCAUUCACUCUUUCGGGGCUGAGCACCCUCUUCGCUGGCUUAACACUGGCUCAUCCUGUCGACUUGGCCAAACGCGGUGGUCGAUUCUCCGAGAUUGAUAUCACCAUCUUGCAAUUCGCUUUAACUCUCGAGCAUCUCGAAAACACCUUCUACAGAGAAGCAUUCAGUAGCUUCCAGCUGCAGGACUUCCUCAAUGCGGGCUUUGACGAGGAAUUCUUUCUCAACCUGGAAUUCAUCGCUUCGGACGAAUCUGCGCACGUUGAAUUUCUCAUCGCAGCAAUCGAAUCUGCUGGCAUUCAACCCGUUCAGCCAUGCCAGUAUAGUUUCCCGGUGACCGACGUUGCCAGCUUCGUCACUGUGUCCGCCAUCUUGGAGUCUGUCGGAACCAGUGCUUAUCUCGGUGCUGCGCCAUUUGUCGGAUCGAAGGACAUCCUCUCCGUGGCUGCGAGUAUUAUGGCCACGGAGGCAUUGCAUACGAGUUCGCAGAGGAGCUCGUUGGGUGCAAUUGCAGCAACCAAUCCUUUUACCACUCCCCUUGACGCCAACUCGGUCUUUACCAUUGCCUCACAAUUCAUCGUCUCCUGCCCUCCGUCGAACCCACCAUUGCCGUUCACCGCGUUCCCCGGCUUGAAAGUCAACUCUCAACCCUGUUUCGACGAGAGCGGGAAUGGUGGUAGUUUCUCCACCGAGUCCAUUGACUAUGCUACCGUUGUCUCCGACAUGGAAAGUGCUACAGACACUAUCAGCGCCUAUGUAACUGUCACGGACUCAACUACUUCAGUGGCCUAUGACACCUCCUCGACCACCGCUGAUUACACUACUACCACCACCACAACUACCACCGACUCCACCACCACCACUACAACAACCACCGACUCCACCACCGACUCAGCUGCCGCUUACACCACCUCGACCACCUCGACUAUGGAUAUGUCCACCACGGAGACCACCAGCACUACUAUGGACAUGGCAUCAGCGACCACGUCCAUGGAUAUGUCCAUGGCCACCGCCGCUCCUGAGCGCCGAAGCACCGCUCUCAAGGCGCGCACUAACGGCGGCUCAUUCUCAUCUUGCCCUGCUCCCGGGGCUGGCUCUUCUGUUCAACUCGUCCCCGACUUCUCCAAAUCCCGCCACGACUUCUCCCAGGUCGAAAUCAUCUUCGUGACAUUCAUCACCGGUUUGGAGGUCGUGUCCAUUCAGGCUGUCUUUGAAAGGGAUGGAAGUAUCAACGUGAGCAUCCCGGGAAGCAUUGGUGGCGGGCAAGUAUUCAUUUUCAUCACGAUUGUGGAUAUUUCCGGAAGAAGCCUGAGCGACAACGAAGUGCUCUUCGGACCGGCAAUUAUGGAGAGUGAGUACUUUACCCAAGUCUAA